AGCAGCGUGUACUUCCUGCAGCUAAACCCCGCCUCCGUCUUUCCAUGCAUUGGCGCGAUUCGCCUCCGCUCCCUGCUGCUUCUCCCCGGCUCCUAGUCCUGCUUCUCCUGCUAUAGCUGCUGCUGCUGGAGGAGGACACUGACCGUCUCUGAAGCGGCUGCGGGUGGAUACAUCGCAGGCAUGAGUGUGGCCGGGGGGGCGCGACCCGGCGCGGGGUCGGGCCCGGUUCAGCGGGGACGGAAGGAGGCUUUGAUCGAGACGCUAACGGCCAUUCUGUCCCCGGUUCAAGAAGUUCGCGCCGCGGCAGAGGAGCAGAUAAAAGUGCUGGAGGUGACGGAAGAAUUUGGCGUCCACCUGGCAGAACUCACGGUCGAUCCUCAGGGAGCACUUGCCAUCCGUCAGUUGGCUUCUGUUAUUCUGAAGCAGUAUGUGGAGACACACUGGUGUUCCCAGUCAGAGAAAUUCCGGUCUCCUGAAACCACAGAUCAGGCGAAAGCUGCUAUCAGGGAGCUGCUACCGGGGGGUCUCAGGGAGUCCAUUAGCAAAGUCCGCUCCAGCGUAGCUUACGCCGUUUCAGCCAUCGCCCACUGGGACUGGCCUGAGGCUUGGCCGCAGCUCUUUACGCUGCUUAUGGAAAUGCUGGUCAGUGGUGAUAUCAGCGCUGUGCACGGGGCCAUGAGGGUCCUCACUGAGUUUACCCGAGAGGUGACGGAUACUCAGAUGCCUCUGGUGGCCCCUGUCAUUCUGCCUGAAAUGUACAAGAUCUUCACCAUGGCUGAGGUCUACGGCAUUCGUACCCGCUCCAGAGCUGUGGAGAUUUUCACCACGUGUGCCAACCUCAUCUGUGCCAUUGAAGAGUUAGAGAAGGGCGCAGCCAAAGCCUUGAUCUUCCCUGUGGUGCAGCAGUUCACAGAAGCCUUUGUGCAGGCUCUGCAGAUGCCUGAUGGACCCACAUCUGACAGUGGUCUUAAAAUGGAAGUUCUCAAGGCAGUGACAGCGUUGGUGAAGAACUUCCCCAAACCCAUGGUGUCCUCUAUGCAGCAGAUAUUACCCAUUGUAUGGAACACGCUGACUGAAAGUGCAGCUUUUUAUGUAAGAACGGAGGUCAACUAUACAGAGGAGGUGGACGAUCCUGUAGACUCUGAUGGCGAAGUUCUGGGUUUUGAAAAUCUCGUCUUCAGCAUUUUCGAGUUUGUUCACACUCUGCUGGAAAACAACAAGUUCAAGAGCACAGUGAAGAAGGCUCUGCCUGAGCUCAUCUACUACAUCAUCCUGUACAUGCAGAUCACUGAAGACCAGGGUAAAGUGUGGACUGCCAACCCUCAGCAGUUUGUGGAGGACGAGGACGACGACACGUUCUCCUACUCUGUCAGGAUUUCUGCCCAGGACCUGUUACUGGCCGUUGCAGCAGAGUUUCAGAAUGAAAGCGCAGCAGCGUUGGCAGCAGCAGCAACCAGGCAUCUACAGGAAGCAGAGCAGGCCAAAAACAGUGGGAAUGAACACUGGUGGAAGAUCCACGAGGCCUGCAUGUUGGCUCUGGGUUCAGUCAAAACCAUCAUCACUGAGAAUGUAAAGAACGGUCGUAUCCAGUUUGAUAUGCACGGCUUCCUGGCCAGUGUUAUCCUGGCUGAUCUCAAUCUGACAGCUGCUUCUCCGUUCCUCUUGGGUCGGGCUCUGUGGGCGGCCAGUCGUUUUACAGCAGCCAUGUCCCCAGAGCUCAUCCAACAAUUCCUCCAGGCCACGGUCAGUGGACUCCAUGACAGCCAGCCGCCCUCUGUCCGCAUUUCUGCCGUCAGGGCCAUCUGGGGCUACUGUGAUCAGCUCAAGCUCUCAGACAGCACACACGUCCUGCAGCCCUUCCUCCCCAGCAUCUUAGAGGGACUGGUCCAACUGGCCGCCCAGUUCAGCUCAGAGGUGCUGACUCUGGUCAUGGAGACGCUGUGCAUUGUUUGCACCGUGGACCCAGCCUUUACCACCAGCGCCGAGAACAAGAUCUGCCCUCUGACUAUUGCCAUUUUUCUUAAAUAUAACAACGACCCUGUGGUGGCUUCUCUGGCCCAGGACAUCUUCAAGGAACUGGCCCAGAUUGAAGGAUGCCAGGGCCCCAUGCAGAUGCGUCUCAUCCCCACGCUCGUCAGCAUCAUGCAGGCUCCCCCCGACAAGAUCCCCUCGGGACUCUGUGCUACAUCCAUCGACAUCCUGACCACAGUCGUACGAAACACCAAACCCCCUCUGUCUGAGAUGCUGGUGUGUCAGGCAUUCCCUGUGGUGGCCCAGUGCACCAUCCGCACGGACGACAACACCAUCAUGCAGAACGGUGGCGAGUGUCUGCGGGCGUACAUCUCGGUCUCUCUGGAGCAGAUCGCUCAGUGGAGGGACGAGCAAGGGAAUACCGGCCUCUGGUACGUCAUGCAGGUGGUCAACCAGCUGCUGGACCCCCGUACCUCAGAGUUCACGGCAGCCUUCGUGGGCAGGUUGGUGUCCACCCUGAUCUCCCGGGCAGGGACGGAGCUAGGCGAACAGCUGGACCAAAUCCUCCGAGCGAUUCUUAGCAAGAUGCAACAAGCUGAGACGCUGAGUGUCAUGCAGUCCUUGAUCAUGGUGUUUGCUCACCUGGUCCACUCUCAGCUGGAGCCCCUGCUGGAGUUUCUGUGCAGUCUGCCUGGACCCACGGGGAAACCUGCCCUGGAGUUUGUCAUGACGGAGUGGAUGAGCAGACAGCACCUGUUCUAUGGACAGUAUGAGGGAAAAGUCAGCACGGUGGCGCUGUGCAAACUGCUGCAGCACAGCCUCAACACUGAUGACAAACGUCUCCAAGACAUCGUGGUUAAAGGAGAGGAGAUCUACAGCCCUGAGGACGGCAUCCGUACGCGGUCAAAGUCUGCCAAAAACCCAGAGCGGUGGACCAACAUUCCUUUGCUGGUGAAGAUCUUCAAACUCAUCAUCAAUGAACUGUCAACGGUCGUGGAGGCCAACGCCAGCAGAGAACACGCGGCAGACUGGAGCCAAGACUCCACCGGUAUGUGGGAGGACCACGAGGAGGACGGACAGGAUGACGACGAGGACGACGAAGGCCUGGCAGGGCAGCUGCUGUCUGAUCUCAUCGCCUCGAACAAAUAUGAUGACGAUUAUUACGAGGACGAUGACGAAGACGAUCCAGACGCUUUGAAAGACCCCAUUUAUCAGAUCGAUUUACAGGCCUACCUGACAGAUUUCCUCACACAGUUUGCUCAGCAGCCGUGUUACAGCAUGUUCUCAGGUCACCUCAACAGCGUCGAGAGACAAACCCUACAGUCCAUAGGUCUUUAGCCUCGUGGCCUUCACAUCUACACUUCCAGGACACCAUCUUCCAUCUGUAGUGCCCUAAACCGUUCUCUCUCACCCUGUCCUGCUUAUGCUCUCAUCACGGAUUCACCAAAAACAAACAAUGUGGGGAUGACGGUCCGACGAGAGGAUAACAGUGGGGUGAGAAGGACCACAAGCACUUACCGUGAAGUCCACUGGUUCUCCGUAACCAUGACGAGGGACGAAUUACUUUUCUGAUGCUAGAGGAGAAUAAAGGACUGUGUAGAAGAAGAGGGGAGACGACCUUCUGGAGUCUUCUGUGGUUAGACUUCUGAGGCUUCAGCCGUGGAGAAAAGAAGAAUCAUGAGAAUACAAAGAGACUAUUUUUGGCCCGUACUUUUUUUUGUACUGUGAGCUGGUUGUUUUCUUGUUUCUGUACAAAGCGAUGGUAUAUGCAACACAGAGGACAAAAUGCAAGAGACUUUACUGACGGGUGUUAAAAGCAAUCAUGCCCUUAAAUAGGAAGACAACUGCUGGUGGCCUUAUAUUUUAAAAAUAAAAGUGGACUAUUGAUAGGAAAAUUUCGAACAAAAACAAAAAACAAAGCUCUUCAGACCUGUUGAUAUCUUCCUACUUGGUAUACGGGAAUUCACACUGUUAACAUGGUGACUCACAGCCUUGUCAUUCCCUUGUACCCACUGAAAUUUGAGCUCAAUAAAUUUCUAAAUAAAAGUCCAACAUGGACAACUUUCAUA